AUGCUCUGUUUCUUUCCAGGAAACUUGCUCCCCUUGGAAGCCGGAACGGCUUCACUUGGGCUAAGAGCGCACCGCUGGGUUCAGCAAGAGCGGCACUCCGGUCGCUGGCGCACGCUACCACAACCGCGGCUGCGUCACCCGUUCUGGAACGUGUCGGAGCGUGCGCGAACAGGACUGACUACUGCGACAAGAGCGGGAGAGCUCGUUGCUCUCGCGAAAAAGGGAAGAACGAGAGCGAAGCGCAAACCGGGCGGAGGUGAUGGCGCUACGACGGGCGCUCGGCAACAGCCAGCAGGCGCACCGCGACAGGAGCGUGCUGAGCAAGCGGCGUCGCGCACGCACAGCGAGCUCGAACCGCAAGAUGCUGAGAACUGGAACGAUGAAAACAGUCACCGACUAGAGACCGAGCCUAACUACGGGCCAGCGUUGAACGACGCCGAGGACGGCGAGUUCGAAGGCCGCAACGGUAGGCACCUGGCGAACUUGCGUUCUGAUAUGAACGGUUCAGGGGCUCUCCAGACCGAUGAACGACACGAGUUGCUUUUGGAGCAGCCGCAGGCUGAAGAGGCGCUCCAGAAGCUCUUAUCCGGAAUAAGUCUGCGUUCGAAUCAAGAGCUGCUGCGCGUGGCACAGGCGCUGCAACUUUCCGCUGAUAAGCUGCGCAGAAAUAGAGCGCCCAUGAGCUACCAGUUCAGAGAGCUGCUGGUAUUUGCAGAGAAGUUGCUUCUACGGGAUGAAGACUUGUCGCGUUUGGAAAACGCGCGCGCGGCAUCGACAGGAGAGCCCCCAUAUGCCGCGGUCCAGCGGGUUGCGCUCCAAGGCCUCAGUGAGCAGGCCCUUACCGCUGUUGCUGCAAACCGUCACUACUUUGAUAAUCGCUUCUUCUACGGUCUCAGUGCAUCGCGUCUGCUUGCAGAGCAUCGUGGAAACUCCGAGGAGCGGGACCGCUUGACCUUGCUCGCUUUUCGCGCACAACAGAGCGUCCGCAUUAUUGACGCACCGCUCAUGCGCGCACUCAACCAUGCUGAGCGCACCGUGCAGAUGCUUCUGGAUACGGUUCUCGGAAGCUCUGUGGAGACGUUAGAAUACGCUGUUGAUUCGAUUAUUGGGGAGGUCUCCGCCGCAGAUCUCGAGGCGAUCUGGCUCGUGCUGUACGCUGCUGCAGCUGCAUGGGAGAUUCGUCGCUUGCAGGAUCCUCGGACGGUCAACCAUAGCGUCGUGCAAGCGAUUGUCUAUAUUCGGCGACAGUUGCGAACUCGAGAUGUAUAUCGUGAGAAGCUUCCCCUGGAUUUUCAUUGGCUGACACAGGUUGCGCUAGCGGUAAGCCCGCAAGACGAGGAACUGCUGCUUCGGUCGCCGCCGAAUCUCGUCGAAACAACUGCUCGCGUUGGUGGCUUGGCUGCAGCGUUGGCGCAGACGACCUCCAACGCCUAUAUCGCCUUGAGUCGAGUGUUCUCAACUGUGUAUGAUUCACUGCGGCGACUGGGCUUUGAAGUGGGUGACGUACUGGAAGACGCAGAUGACAUCAUUUCCUCACCGCAAAUUGAAAUACGUGAACCAAAAGUUCGCAGUCGAUUUGAAAAGUUUUCUGUCGACAUGAUUGAAGCCCCCUAA